AUGUGGGGGUCCAUUUCGCAUAAAAUCCCGGGUUUCGGACGGAAAAGAAACUUAACCGAGCUAGGCCGAGCCUGCCACGAUUUCUCAGACGACGAGACCUCUUCAAACGCUAGCGUAGAUGAAGGACUCGAGUGCCCCAUAUGUUAUGAAUCUUUCAACAUCGUCGAGAACGUGCCCUAUGUCUUGUGGUGUGGACACACCCUGUGCAAGAACUGUGUGCUUGCCCUAAAAUGGACAACCUUUAAAUUUUCCAGCCAGCAAAUUCGAGUCCCGUUUUUCAUUUCCUGUCCUUGGUGCCACUUGCCCACUUUCCGAAUUUCCCACAAGGGCAGCCUCAGAUUUCCAAGAAAAAACUUUUUCCUUCUAUGGAUGGUCGAGUCUCGUAAUGGAGACCGUGCUGCGAGAUUUCCCUCUUCAAAUUGUGGUAAGGAUCGUCAGCAGAUAGUCAUGAGAAGUGGCUGCUCGUCUCAUAGUGCAAACAACGGGAGAAUGCAUAGACUUGGACGUCAGAACCCGAGAGAAGAACGAGGCUCGAACGGUAAUAUGUCUGAGAGGGUACAGCUGUCAUUUAAUAAAUCUAUCGAUUUUUUCUUUAAGAUGACUGCUAAGUUCCCAUUGGUUUUGCUGCUUUUGGUUGUGUUAUUUGCGAUACCGGCUAGUGGUGCUGUGUUGCUGCUUUACUUGGUUAUAACGAUUGUUUUCGCUGUCCCGUCUGUUUUGGUGCUCUACUUUUCGUAUACAGCUUUGGAUUGGGUGGGAAGGGAGAUCAGAACUUGA